UAAAAACACAUUUCACUCGUAACAAUAUAACUCCAAAGAUAACAUUCAGAAAGGCCGAAGAGAACCACAGCACUUUCCGACAGUAGCCAUCACCAAUCGAUACUUUUUGAAUGAAUUGAGAGUAUUACACGAGUUUCCUCAUGCUUCUUCUUCAGUUACUCUCUUUUCUUCCUCUUCUUUGAAAACACAAAUGCCACUUUCCUCCUCAGCAAAGUCAAGGAUAACAUCUUUGUCUUCUGAAUCUCAGAUUACUGCUUCUUCUCUUAUAAAUCCCAUUCCCGCCAUCUCUGCUUCGCAUCAUCAAAACGAAAAUGCCAGACUUCAUGGUGGGCAGCAGUUCCAUCGGUCACCUGCCUCCUCCUACUACGCGUCUCUCCUCCAAUCUUGCGUCGCAAGAAAAGCAAUCAACCCCGGGAAACAACUUCACGCUCGACUAUUCCAAAUGGGUCUUGGGUUUAGUACUUAUUUAGCUACUAAGCUAGUCAACCUUUAUUCUGUUUGCGAAUCUGUACGCGACGCCCACAAACUGUUUGAUAAAAUUCCGAAAAGGAAUAACUUAUUUCUAUGGAAUGUUCUAAUUAGAGGUUACGCAUGGAACGGCCCGUAUGAGGUGGCUAUAUCAUUAUAUAAGCAAAUGUUUGAUUAUGGGCUCAUUCCGGACAGAUACACUUUCCCAUUUGUCCUUAAAGCGUGCUCUGCACUUUCUGCGAUUGAGGAAGGGAGGCAAAUCCAUGAACGUGUAAUACAUUCCAAUUGUGAAAAGGAUGUGUUUGUUGGCGCAGCCUUAAUUGAUAUGUACGCAAAGUGUGGUUGUCUGGGAAAUGCUCGGCAAGUGUUUGACAUGAUUGAAUCAAGAGAUGUUGUGCUGUGGAAUUCUAUGCUUGCAGCCUACUCACAAAAUGGGCAGCCAGAUAAAGCGCUUGCUCUAUGCAGUCAGAUGGCUUUGACUGGCUUAAAGCCAACCGAGGCAACUCUUGUGACUGUUGUAUCUGCUUCGGCUGAUAAUGCAGAUCUUCCUGCAGGAAAAAUGCUUCACGGGUUUGGUUGGAGGCACGGAUUCGAAUCAAACGACAAGGUGAAAACUUCGUUAGUAGAUAUGUACGCCAAGAGUGGUUUGGUGAAGGUUGCCAGGACUUUGUUUGAGCAACUUGGGGAGAAAAAGAGAGUUGUCUCUUGGAACGCAAUGAUUACUGGGUAUUCUAUGCAUGGUUAUGCUGCUGAAUCUCUGGAUUUGUUUGAGAAGAUGAGAAAAGAAGUUGUGCCUGAUCAUAUAACUUUUGUUGGAGUCCUUGGGGCUUGUAGCCAUGGGGGUUUGCUCGAUGAAGGAUGGAGGUUUUUCAAUUUAAUGGUAAGAGAAUACCAUAUUGAACCAACAGUUCAGCAUUACACAUGCAUGGUUGAUCUCCUUGGGCAUUGCGGGCAAUUUGACCAGGCUUAUAAUCUCAUAUUGGAAAUGAAAGUUGUGCCAGAUUCUGGUGUGUGGGGUGCUCUGUUGAAUUCGUGUAAAAUUCAUGGAAAGGUUGAGCUAGCUGAGCUGGCAGUUCAGAAACUGGUGGAACUUGAACCUAAUGAUGCUGGAAAUUAUGUGAUAUUAUCGAACAUGUAUGCUCAAGCAGGGAAUUGGGAAGGAGUUGCGAGUCUGAGAAAGUUAAUGAUUGAUAAUGGAAUUAAGAAAAGCACUGCUUGUAGCUGGAUUGAAGUGAAAAACAAAGUCCAUGCUUUCCUUUCUGGAGAUACUUCACACCCUAAUUCUGAUGCAGUAUACGAGGAGCUAAAGAGGUUAGGAGGAUUAAUGGCAGAAGCUGGAUAUGUUGCUAGCACUGGUUCAGUCUUCCAUGACGUGGAAGAUGACGAGAAGACUAGCAUGGUUUGUAGUCACAGCGAGAGGUUGGCGAUUGCAUUUGGCCUAAUUAGUACAGAGUCCGGAACUAGGCUUUUGAUAACCAAGAACCUCCGGGUUUGUGAAGAUUGCCAUGUUGCAAUCAAGCUCAUCUCAAAAAUUACAAAGAGAGAACUCAUAGUCAGAGAUGUCAAUCGUUACCAUCACUUUAAAGAUGGAGUGUGUUCUUGUGGUGAUUAUUGGUGAAUGUAAGAAGACAAGGUUCAAGGCUUGAAGUAAAGCUAAGUUAUGAUCUGUCUUUAAUGAUGGAAAUACUCAAAAAGCAUUCUUGCAUAUGCUCUUCUUUUGUAUGCCAUUCAUAUAAAAGCAGAAGCUUUCAUACGGAAUCUUGAGAGGAAGGAUAAUGUAUUUAUACAACAAAGAUUACGAGAAGAUAGUGAAAGUGACAUGCACAUAGAAGAAAGAAAUGAAGUUACUGCUGAUGGAAUUUUUUACAUCUUGAUGCUUUCUUUCCAAGUAUUUUCUUCAUAUCUUGGCUCAGGCGCUUGAUUAUUGAAUUU